UAUCUCAUCACAAGGGGAUCAAGGAGAAAGACAACUAAAUAAACCAUCAACGAAAAUAAAAAUAAAAAAUGGCACGUUCAUUUGCAGUUGUUGCCCUCCUUGUCUCUGCUUUCUGCUUCUCAUCUGUCUUGGCCCGUGUUGGACCAGUCGAUGACAAAUUCGUCGUUGUAGGCAAGAUCUAUUGUGAUCCUUGCCACUUCGAAUUUGAGUCAAGGCUUAGCCACCCCUUGGAAGGUGUUAAGAUCACUUUGGAAUGCAAGAAAGCAGACACUAACAAUGUUACAUUCACAACUGAGGCUGUCACCGACAAAAAUGGCGUGUACACUCUUACAUGUGAUGGUGAUCAUGAGGAGGAGGUAUGCGAGGUUAACACUGAUGCAAACACCAAGGGUGAAUGCACUAUCCCCAUGGUGAACAAGUUCGACAGGAUCGUCCUCACCAGGAACAUGGGUGUCUCCUCCUUGACUCGCUAUGUCAAUCCCCUUGGGUUCAUGACUAAGGCAAUUCAUAGCCAAUGCGGCAAUGUUGUUCAGGAGUUGGGUUUGGACAAGCUCGAUGAUUAAAUUUUGUCGAUGGAAAAAACUUGACAACUAAAAUAAAACCAUUAGAUUUGGUGAAAGUGUUUUGGCACGAUUGUCUUGAUUCAAUUUAAACCAUUCUCCACAUGUUUUGUUUAAUUGUUCUAGCACAUGUACUUUAAUGGUUGAAUGAGAAUUUGGAGAUUUGGUACGA